CUAAUGUGUAUGAGGUCAUCACCCCGCCACCUUCAGGGACCAUGCCCUGUCUCCAUAGCAACUUCUGGCCCCAGGUUGGCCCAGAGUGAGGCCUAAGCAGGCCUGACGUGGACCAGACCAGGCUGAGGUGGGCCCGAAGCAGGCCCGAGUGAAGCAGAGACAUCAUGCACCAGCUGUUUGGCCUGGUUCUCGGCCAGAGGGACCUGUCGCGGGCUGGAGACCUCUUCUCCCUGGAAGACUCUGAGAUAGAGGACUGUCUCUCACAGGCCCUGGAGGAAAUCAAGGCUAUCUCCUGCUCUCCUGACUACCUGACCAAUGACAAUGACCAGGCGGUGGUGGAGAUCUGCAUCACGCGCAUCACCACGGCGAUCAGGGAGACGAGGUCCAUCGAGCGCCAUGGGGGGGCGUUAGUGAGUCUGUGGGAGUCCUGUCUGGAACACAACCUCACCCCCCAGGGCAAAGACGAAGACACACCCCAUGCCAAGAUAGCCUCUGACAUCACCAGCUGUAUACUGCAGAACUACAGUCGUCCCCCAGUGAUGGCUCUAGCAGUGCCGGUGGCAGUGAGGUUUCUGCAGAGAGGCAACAAAGAGCUCAGUAGGAACAUGUCCAGUUAUCUCUCUCUGACUGCCAUGGAUACGGCUGAACUACUGGCGGAACACACAGAGGCUAUCACCUGCAGCGUGCUGGGAGGUAACCACAUGCUCCUACGCGUGUUGCCGUCCGUCUACCCCAAACUGCCCCAUGCCAUCCAUCAUCACCUAGGCAACCUGACGGCCAUGAUGUCACAGCUCGAGUCACCGGAGCAACAACACCUGCUGAGGCUGAUCCAGAUGGUCGCCGAGCAACAGCCACAGGUGCUGAGCCCCCUGGUGCCCUCCCUGGUUGGUUACCUAGGCGAUGCCUCUCUGAACGAGACCCUACUGGGUGCACUAGUGUACGUGUCACAGGCUAGCCCCGCCUCCAUGGCCCCAUUCCUGCCCACGCUGAGGGUUGUCGGUCAGCAGUACCCGGUCCUGCUGGGACACGUGGUUAAAAUACACAGAGCUGUGGGCUUGACCAGUGAGGGUCGUACUCUACGGAUGUUUCUCUUCCUGUGUGAGGUAGGGUCGUACUCUAUAGAUGUUGCAGAGCAUGGACCUGCAAGAGCGAGUUACUGCUUUGAUGCAGAGAUUGACCGGUUGUUGUCCAUGGUCACGCCAAGGUUCUUUGCACACUGGAAGGGCGACACUGUGGUGUCGUCAAACGUGAUGGAGAAGUCUUGA